AUGCCAAUAAGAUACAAGAGCAGCACCGAUGAUGACGUGCAAGUGAAUAUCGAGGUCAUCCAGCGCGAACAGGAUGUGUAUCGGCGCUUAGGGCAGUGUGAUGAUGUUGUGCCCUACAUCAGCUUUUCUGAAACGACUACUGAGCUCGCUUUCAUGGAAAAUGGAGACCUACGUACCUAUUUGACCAAAAAUCGGCCUCCUCCUUCUAAGUCUCUUCAGCUCUCCCGUCAAAUGGCUCGCACUCUCGUGCGUAUACAUGACCGUCGUGUUAUUGUGGCAGAUAUUGCUAGUCGCAAUUUCCUCCUUGCUUCGGAUCUUUCUGUCAAGUUCUGUGACUUUACGGAGUCAUCUAUUAUGCCUCCCCAUAUCGAUAUGGAGACUGCCGACGACAACGGAUAUUCGAUUCAGACAGAUAUCGGGCAGCUUGGGGCAGUGAUGUACGAAGUUGUGACGGGAGAGCGUUUAUUUGAAAACAGGCCUCACACAUGGCGUUUCCAUACAGCCUAUCAUCACACUCGCGGUCACAGUUGGCGCCAUUACAUUUCUUGCCUGGGCCAGGAGACGGUUUUAAGUACUGAACCCGCUGACUAUUCGCAAAGCAGCACAUCUUUUAUGACAUUCCUCAAGACCGACUUUGCGGCUCAGAAUUUAGACAACACCAGGACAAUUGUUAUUGAAUUAGAAGAUGGAGAAUUUAAAUUUAGUUACCAGGAAAUGUCGCAAGUCCAGUCGAGUUCAUUGUCAUCGUCCAAUUCGGAAGACAGAAUUCCGCGACAUGGCUCUAAUGAAGAUCAAGAUCAAGAACAGGCCAAGCAUAUGACUGAUACGACUCCCAACAAAACAGAUACAAGCGGAUACAAACUGGGACAGGUACAUGAACCCUCCCAGGAAAAGGUGCAUGCAUCACCGCAGAGAUCAGAACUAGAACCAGUAUCAACAUCAGCACCAUCACCAGCAUCAACACCUCCAGACAAUGAUGACAAACCAUCUCGCGGCAGAUUCCGAGUGCUGGCCAUUUUUACCGCUCUUUCACUCUCCCUCCUCAUCGCCGCCCUCGACCAAACCAUCGUCGCAACAGUCAUCCCGACCAUCGCCGCCGACCUGCACUCGGCAGCAGGCUACGUCUGGAUCGGAGGCGCCUACCUCCUCGCCAACGCGGCGGGGGCCAACAUCUGGGCGAACCUGUCCGACAUCUGGGGGCGGAAGCCCGUGCUGCUGGCGGCCGUGGCGCUCUUCUUUGGCAGCUCCAUCGUCUGCGCGACGGCGGUCGACAUGACGAUGCUGAUUGUCGGCAGGGCGCUGGAGGGCGUUGCGGGCGGUGGGCUGAUCCAGCUGGUUACCAUUACCAUUUCGGAUCUUUUUAGCGUGCGCCGCCGGAGUCUCUAUCUCGGUCUCCUCGAGUUCAUGUGGGCGAUUGCCGGCGCCGUAGGGCCCAUCAUGGGCGGUGCCCUUACGCAGGCCGUCUCCUGGCGAUGGAUCUACUGGAUCAACCUGCCCGUCUGCGGCACGGCGUUCCUACUCCUACUAAUCUUCCUGGACGUGCACAACCCGCGCACGGCGAUGCUGGACGGCAUCCGGGCGAUCGACUGGUUCGGCAGCGUGUCGAUCCUGGGCCUGACGCUGAUGCUGCUGCUGGGGCUGGACUUUGGCGGUCAGAUCCCCUGGGGCUCGCCGCAGGUCAUCUGUCUGAUUGUCGUCGGGUGUCUGCUGUCGCUGGUCUUUGUCUACUGCGAGAAGCGCCUCGCGCGGUAUCCGCUCAUGCCGCUGGGGAUUUUCAAGAACGUGUCCAAUGUGGCCUGUUUUGUCGUGGCGUUUUCGCACGGGAUGGUCUUCAUCGGCGGAGAAUACUACCUCCCCCUCUACUUCCAAUCCGUCAAGGAAGCCUCACCACUGCACUCAGGGCUCCUGAUUCUCCCCAUCGUGCUAACAGAAUCCUUCCUGAGCGCGCUAGCCGGCGUCAUCAUCCACCGGACAGGGCGGUACCUGGAGCUGAUCCGGGUAGGGACGGCAUUCACCGUGCUGGGGACAGGCCUGUACAUCGAUCUGGACACGGACUCCUCUCUGGGGCAGAUCAUCGGGUUCCAGAUCGUGGCGGGCAUCGGCUCCGGCCUGCUGUUCUCGCCGCCGCUGAUCGCGAUGCAGAGCAACGUCUCGCAGGCCGACACGGCCGCCGCGACUGCGACUUUCGGCUUUGUGCGUAACCUGGCUACCGCGUCGUCCAUCGUGCUCGGCGGCGUUAUCUUCCAGAACAGCAUGACGCUGCGCAAGACGUCGCUGAGGGCAGCAGGCUUGUCGCCCGCGCUGACGGAGCAGCUGGCAGGCGCGGACGCAGCAGCCAACGUGCUGCUGUUGAGAAACUCUACUACUACUGUUUUGGGUCUGCAGCAGCAGCAGCGACAAGCCAUCAAGGACGCCUUCGCAUGGAGUCUGCGCAACAUGUGGAUCCUGUACAUGAGCGUGGCGGCCGUGGGGAUGGUGGCCAGCGCGUUUGUCUCAAAGCAGAGGCUUAGCAAGGAGCAUGUGGAGACGAAGACGGGGAUUAAGGAGAGGGAGAGGCAGAGGCAGAGGCAUCUAGAAAAAUAG